ACUUCAUUAGAUCUCAUAUCCCCUCAUGAGCAGCAAGGACAAUAAUCAGCGAUCAAAAGAUCUGUACAUCAGAGCAACAGAUGGAGUUCUGGCCCGAGAAUCAGGGGCAGUCCCCUCUAUACUCCAAAUUUGCUACCAUGACAGACAUCAGGUACCCCAUUAUCCACUGUACUACGGUGAGCAGCAGGAUCAGGGCAGGGAGUCCAGUCACUGGACUGUACCAGGAUCAAGAACAGGAGGGGCACCACAGGAGUACACUAACUGGAUGGACCAAGAGCCAACUGUCCCUACUUCUUCUCAAUUCCCUUUUAUUCUAGACCGUCACGUACAGCAGCACCAGGACCUUGGAGACUAUCAGCCGCAUGAAGGCAGAGACACAGAGUGGAUAGCAGCUCAGCGAACAGUGAGGGAAUAUGAGAGAGGAUUUCUGAGGGAGGGAUGGCAGAGGAGGUGGGAGCCCUGUGGUCCUGUUCGCUACAACAGGGACGUUUCUGCUAAGAGGAGCGACAGCAGCUAUCGAGAGCUGGAGGCUUGGGCAGCUCGAUACAGCCAUUCACUUCCAAGGAAGAAACGUAUAGAGGCAGAGUUGAGGGGAGCUUCUAAGGGGCUGUUGGAGAGCAGCAGGACUCCAGAGAGGGACAGCAGGAUUGGGACAGAUCCUAGAGUGGUAGCACUGCAACAAGUCAGACAAUCUGCAAACAUCAGAGAAUCAGGACUGUGGGACAAAGGGGGCAGACAGCAAGCACCAACCUAUUAUUCAUCACAAACUCCUGCCACAGACACAAGCCACAUGUUGGACGUCAAAGAAAAGACCGGCUACCAACGGAAGAUAUUCAGCCAACCUCCGGGCUAUAUUGCUCCUCCUCCCUAUGGCAUCUCACAAAAAGGUUCACCUGUAUUGCAUCAUUGUGACACCAGUUGGGAGCAAGACGGCAAGAGGCAAGCCAACUGGUCUCAGUUCACACCCAGAAAGCAUGAUGUCUCUGUAGAUCUGCAGGAUCACAGAAAAGGAGAGAAGGAGGAGUUUACAAAAUCAGAAGGGAAUCAAAGCAGCUUCCCAGAGCACAGACGACAGGAAUCAGAUGCUUUAUAUGCAAGCAGUCCUUUUAGUAUCCAGGAAACACACCUACAGUAUGAGGGUAUGUUGUCUCUUCAACAGCCACAAGUGUUACAAGCAGUUGAGAAUAAAAAGACAAAUGAAGAACCAUCCUCAAAAGUCAUUGAAGGAAGGAAGUUCAGGUUAAACAAAAAGACAAGUGGGAUGACCAUAUUCUGCCUGGUCUCUCGAAUAGCAGGCACCACAGAAACCCCAUCUUUGCCACUUUGGACCUCGCAAACAAACACCGAAUUAGGAGGCGUUUCUAAAGGUCUAAGGGACAGUAGUGGCAGUAAUCAUACACACAAACUUGCAGAUGAGGUAGACUGCAGAGAGCCAUCACGCACAGAGCAGUCAAAUACUUCAGAUGCAAGAAAUGUCAAAGCUAAACAGGAGACACCAACUUGUGUAGAAAGUGAGAUGCUUGAGGAUAAAAUAUUGAACAAACCAGAGACAGAUGGUGUUGUCCCGGACAAAUUAAAGACAAAUUAUGCUUAUUCUACACAUGGGAGACAAGUUAGUGAGUCAGUGCAACCUGUGUCACUCAAAUACCCUUUGUGGAGGGAGCCUAGUAUCACAGGCAGGGCUGAAACUAAGAGUUCAUCCAAAUGUUUGAAAGCAAACAAUGAGGAAAGAGAAUCAGAUGGUGUGCACAAGCAAGAAGACUCGAGUAAAGUUAAUUCAAUUGAUGUUGAAGUAAGGAGACUGGACAUCGAGACAGACAAAGAAUCUGAAAACAGUAAGGUUCUACUGGUUAUUGACACAACCUGUGUUGUUGUUAAAAUGGAGUUGAUUCCAUCACCCAAGAAAGAGCAUGUUCACUAUUUACACACUGAACACAGUCCCCUUGAUAUUCAAUCAACCGUCUCUCCUGAAUGUCUCCAAUCUGACCAAAACUCAGAAAGCAACCUCUUCCAAGUUAAUGAAAGGCCUGAAACCCAACUACACUCAGGUCUCAUGGAGAAAAAGGCACCUGAAAAAGAAAGUAAAAUAUCUUCCUUUUGCAUGUCCUCAUCUUCGGUUUCUGAAAGGGAAACAUUGGAGGAGCGCGCUGAAAGGAUCCUAGGAAUCCCUCUAGAUGACUGCACUACUAAGCAACAACGUGAAGAUGCAAAGUUGAUUCUUGACUCGUGUGUGGAGGACCAGGAGGUUCAACCAUCUCCAUUUAAAGAUAACAACGUUAAUGAUGCAGCUGAACAAAUCCCAGAGGACACAAAAGAAGAGGAACAGUCACAGAACCAGUUCGAGGUUGGCCAAACUGAGGAGGCUGUAUGUUUGCAAGAGAAUGAUGGUGCCAAAGAUCAGGUGGCAAAUGAAGGUGCUGAGGAUUUUGCAGGACUACAGGUUCAGGUGUCUAAUCUUUCUGAAGAGAAUGACUCCCAAAUCAAAACUGACAUCAAACCUUCACCUGAAAUUGAAAUGAUUGAGGAUCAUCUGCUUAAACCCGCUAGUGAAGAGGGUAGUACUGAGCAGGAAGAAAAUCAGCCUAUUGAAAAUGAUACCUCCUCUAAGUGUCUCAGUCCACCCAGGAACCUCUCGUAUCCUUCUUUGCUUUCACCCUCCCCAGACUGUGAAGCACCAAACCUUACUCUUUCUCUCAUGCUCUCAUCCUCUGAUCUUGUCCCUUUAAUGCAUAUUUUAGAACCAAACAUAGAGGAAGGUCCUGAUCCUGAGUUGAAUGCCCUCAAUUCCGCAAAAAACCUUGCUCUUCACCCUGAAACCGCAUCAUCUUUCCUUACACCCCAUCACCUCUUCCUCCUGGAUCUAAUGACUUUUCCCUAA